GCAGAGAAGAGGCAGAAGAGGAAAAAGCACAACUCCUAGCCUGGCCCCACAGGCUCCUUGCUCCGGCCCAAGUUGCUGAAGGGCUCUGUACUUUUGGCAUUUCCUCUGGGAUAUCCACUCUCACCUUGGCAGCCAGGCUGAGAAAGGACUCCAAGGUCCCUGCGGCAUGACAACUUUUGUUCCUGCAACCCUCUUCCUUCUCCUCUGGACCCUGCCAGGGCAGGUCCUCCUCAGUGUGGCUUUAGCAAAAGAGGAUGUCAAAUCUGGGCCCAAAGGAUCCAAGCCCAUGUCACCCUCUGACUUCUUGGACAAGCUUAUGGGGCGAACAUCUGGAUAUGAUGCCAGGAUUCGACCUAAUUUCAAAGGCCCACCUGUGAAUGUGACCUGCAACAUCUUCAUCAAUAGUUUCGGCUCCGUCACUGAGACUACCAUGGACUACCGGGUGAAUGUCUUCUUGAGGCAGCAGUGGAAUGACCCACGUUUGGCCUACCAUGAAUAUCCUGAUGACUCUCUGGAUCUAGAUCCCUCCAUGCUUGACUCUAUCUGGAAGCCAGACCUCUUCUUUGCCAAUGAGAAAGGGGCCAACUUCCAUGAGGUGACCACAGACAACAAGUUACUGCGCAUCUUCAAGAAUGGGAAUGUGCUCUACAGCAUCAGAUUGACCCUCAUUUUGUCCUGCCCAAUGGAUCUCAAGAACUUCCCCAUGGACAUCCAGACCUGCACAAUGCAGUUGGAAAGCUUUGGCUACACGAUGAAUGACCUCAUGUUUGGGUGGUUAGAAGAUGCUCCUGCUGUCCAAGUGGCUGAGGGGCUAACCCUCCCCCAAUUCAUCUUGCGGGAUGAGAAAGAUCUAGGUUACUGUACCAAGCACUACAACACAGGGAAAUUCACCUGCAUCGAGGUAAAGUUUCACCUGGAACGGCAGAUGGGUUACUAUCUGAUUCAGAUGUACAUCCCCAGCCUACUCAUUGUCAUCUUGUCUUGGGUGUCCUUCUGGAUCAAUAUGGAUGCUGCCCCUGCCCGUGUAGGCCUCGGCAUCACUACCGUCCUCACCAUGACAACCCAGAGCUCUGGCUCCCGGGCCUCCUUGCCUAAGGUAUCCUACGUGAAGGCAAUUGACAUCUGGAUGGCUGUGUGCCUCCUCUUUGUAUUCGCUGCCUUGCUGGAGUACGCUGCUGUCAAUUUUGUCUCUCGUCAGCAUAAGGAAUUUAUGAGACUUCGAAGAAGGCAGAGGCGCCAACGCAUGGAAGAAGACAUCAUACGAGAAAGCCGCUUCUAUUUCCGAGGCUAUGGCCUAGGACACUGCCUACAGGCAAGAGAUGGAAGUCCAAUGGAAGGUUCCAGCAUUUAUAGUCCCCAGCCUCCAGCCCCUCUUCUAAAGGAGGGAGAAACACCAAGAAAACUCUGUGUGGACCGAGCUAAGAGAAUUGACAGCAUCUCUAGGGCUGUCUUCCCUUUCACUUUUCUUAUUUUCAAUAUCUUCUACUGGGUUAUCUAUAAAGUUCUACGGUCAGAAGAUAUCCACCAAGCACGGUGAAUAGGGUGGGGGCUCUAGAGUCCAGCUGCUGGCUUCCUGCUUUCUCCCAGGUGGGCUUUUCCCUUCCAUAAAUCUCCACCAGGGGUUCCCUCUUGAUCUCCCACUCAUAACUUCAACUACCUACCAGUCACUAAGCUAUGUGGGUCUAUACUCCCUAGUGUCAAUGGAGGCUGUGAUUAUAAACAUGGCUUAUCUACCCACCCCGGCUAACUCCAUACUCUCCUAUUUCUCAUGACUGAGGUUUGGCCAUGUUCCUGAUGCUAAGAUGAUUUUGUCAUCGCUGGAGUUCCUGUUUUCCCCUAGUCCAGAGAAGAAUAUUGAGACUACCGGAUUCUUGUUUUAUCAUCUUAACCUGCAUCACUCCUUGUCUUUCUACUUUACCCAGAGCCUGACCUUUUCUCAGCACUUCUAUCCCUCCUACUGCAAGCUCAAACAUGGAUUCAUUUCCACCCACAAAUGCUGCCCUGAACAAUGCAGUCAGGUGUCCUUACAGUGACAGGAAACAGUGGCAAAGGCUCCCCACCUCUUCAAGGAUGGGUUAGUCAUAGGCUGCACUGGGACAGGGUCCUGUUACAUGGCCCAAGAGAAGAGGGGCUCAAUUCUGGGAAAUCUAACACUGUCAGAAUUGGGGCAACAAUUUUGAACCCUGAGACAGACUACCCUUCCAGAUCCACCUCAGCCUCUUGGUAUCAGAAAUAUUUGUUCUCAUCCUUAACCAACUAGCAUGGCCACAGGGCUUGUUACGCUGCUGGGCAGCAAAAAAGGGGAGAGUAGGCUUAGUCCUUAAGAAAGUUAUUUGAUGAUGCUAGAAAAACUGAGACACAAGCUAGGAAAACCCAGGAAGAGCAAAGUACAGAAACAAUUUUUGGAGAGACUAUUAUUAUUUUUGUUUCUUUUUUCCUUUUUCUCCAAAGUCUCUUUGUUUUCCAGGACCUUCCAACUUUGUCCUUCACCUCCUUUUCAUGAGGAAAUAAUGGUGCCAUGCAACGUUCUGGAUAGAGUGAGCUUCAGAGAUCCAGAGGAAGAACUAGGCAUGUAGAAGGCCCCUAUCCUGAUCAGACAUUGACUCGUUCUGUCUCAGGGUAGCAGUUCUGUAAGUUAGAUAGUCAAAAUACAACCUAUUUCUUCACCUUUUUCUUGCUUCCCUUUCUCCGUCUAUAAGACUCAGAUAAAGCUACCAGAAGGUCAGAAUAGAGUGAGUUGGUAUGUCAUUCUGGGGCAUGGGGAUACAUGGGGCUGGGUACACCAAGUCCUUUGAAGUGAGUGACACAACUGUGAAGAACAAAGAAAUAAGAUGAAAGAGAUUCAAGUACGGGAUAGCAGUUGGAAUACAUGAACAAAUAAUCUCUUAAAACAUCAUGUUCUUUUUUUCUAGACCCAGAAUAAUAAUUAACUAUGUAAUCCAAUCUCUCUCUCCUCCCUCCCACUCCCCCUCCUUUCUUCCUUCCUUCCCAAGUUUCCUCCCUUUGUUCUCUUUCCCCUCUCCUCUCUUCUCUCCCCUCCCUGUCCUUUUCAUCUCUCUCUUACUAUCUCAUUCCACAUAGUGCUCCAAAUUGAAGCUCAGUAAAUUCAAUGGUUAAUGUAAAUGCUACAGUCAAAGGAAAAGCUCAGCUUUCUCCAUUUUCAUACUGAGCUUGUCCGAGCGUUCUUGUUCACUGAGAUACUCUUGUGGCCAUUAAUUUUGAAAAGAGUGGCCAAGGGACCUAAUCUAGAAAUUUUUUUUUUCAUUUUUUUUGAGAAAAGAUCUUGCCGUGUAUCCUAAGCUGCCCUGGAACUUACUUGCAGCCCAGGGUAGCACAGAACUCAUAAUUCUCCUGUCUCAGCCCCUGUAGUACUAGGGUUAGCAGUGUGUACUACCACAUCCAGAUGGGGAAAGUAUUUUUAUUAGCCAUAUUAGCACUCUCAUGCCAAGAAUCAAAAUUUUAAAUCUGGUUUAUAGGAGGAGAUUGAAUUGAAAAGGGUAGAGAACCCCUAUUUUCCCAUUUCUGCCCAGGUACUGUCAAUCAGUAACAGGCCACAAG